UGUGUCUUUUGGUGGAGGAAUGCUUGUCACGUACUCCUUUUUAAGUUCCAAAUCUUUCAUUCAUUUACUUUCUCACACUUUUUACAAAGAGAAACAGGGAUUUUGAGAGAAAAAAUAAAAAUAAAAAUAAAGGUUUGAUCUUUGAUCUUCGCUUCGCUUCGCUUUGCUUGUGUUUUGCGACAAUGGAGAAGCACAAAUGCAAACUCUGUGCUCGAACGUUCUCUAAUGGCAGAGCUUUAGGAGGUCACAUGAAAGGUCACUUAGCAAACCAUCCACUGCCCCCUAAAACAACCCACCACCAACUCAGUAACCGCACCGACUCAGCUUCUUCCUCGUCCUCUUCAUCUGGCGAUGAUGAGCAAGAGAAAAGCAGGGAAACACUACUCGAAGACAAAUCUUUGGUUUAUGGGUUAAGAGAGAAUCCCAAGAAGAGUUUCAGGUUCGCAGAUCCUGAAUUCUCUUUCGCCGGUGAUUCCGGCUCCGUUGUCCAAGACAGAGAGAGCGAGACUGAGUCCAGGAACCCAACUCGGAGACGAUCCAAGAGAAAACCCAAGGUGGGUACUGCUAAUGCAACAACAGCAACUGACGAAAUCAAGAAACUGAAGCUGUUGACGAGUUUCCCCAGUUUGAUCGACUCACCGGCGGAGCCUGAACCGUUGAGCUCAGUCUCCGAUACCUCGCCUGAAGAGAAUGUGGCGGUGUGCCUUAUGUUGCUGUCGAGAGAUGUUUGGAAAAGGAACAAUGUGGAACAAAGAUCAGGAAAACCAAUGGAGUCAAGCAAGAAGAAGAUGAAUGGGAAACAUCGAUGUGGGAAAUGUAAGAAAGCAUUUGGAUCUUAUAACACGUUGAAAGAACAUAAAAGGGUUUGCCUUUCGUCAGCUGCUGACAGCAAGAGAUUUGAGUGUCCAUUUUGUUACAGAGUGUUCGGGUCAGGACAAGCACUCGGAGGUCACAAGAGAUCUCAUUUACUUGCUUCAGCUUCUUCAUCCAACACGGCUGCAAAUUUUACUAAAUUCGACAACAAUUUCAUAGAUCUAAACUUGCCAGCUCCCUUGGAAGAUGAUGAGUUUAGUGUGGUAUCCGAUGCAUAAACCAGCAGAUAAAGCAAUUCACGUGGAUCUGAUGCUAUUCUAUUCAAUGUUUUUCAUUUUUUUACUUGGCUGGUAUUCUUUCUAUUAUUCAAUCUAAUCUCCAUUGUUGCUGACCCACAAUUCAUUUUCUUGAAUCCUCCGCAAAUGUUGUUGCUCUUUUAGAACUGAAACAGGCAACUACUGUUUUGUUGUUGUUUUUUUGUCAUUGUACUAGUGGCAUUAAUGUAUGGUGAAACUGUUGAUUAACUGAAGCAGACAGCCAUUGUUGAGGAACCAGAAUAGCAAUGACUUGGAUCAAUGUUUCACUUAAAAUGUGUACCCCAUGUCAGAUAUAAAAAAAAGAAAAGAAAAAAAGAGUAAAGCAUUUUCUUUGCUUGCUUGUGGACCAA